AUGUCGGGUGCAUUACUUGGAAUCAAAUGCGUUGAAAUUGUUCCUUCUGAUGGUAGUGAGUUCAUGCCUUUGGACAGAAUUCCUCCACCUAGCUUUGAGUUUGUCAUGACGGGUAAUCGAGCGUUAUUGCUCAGUAUAUGUAUGGGAUGUUUGAUUGUAACAAUGCUCAUAUACUUUUUAAACAAGAUAGAAGCAUUAAAACAUCCAAGAGUUGAGAAUCUUGAGGAACUUGUACUGUUGAAACGGUAUAGCUAUGCAGAGGUAAAGGAAAUCACAAACUCGUUCGCUCGAGAAAUUGGGAGAGGAGGAUUCGGAAUUGUCUAUGAAGGAAACCUCAGUGAUGGCCUCAAGGUUGCAGUGAAGGUCUUAAAGGAGUCAAAGAAAAACGGUGAAGAUUUCAUUAACGAAGUGGCGAGUAUGAGCAGAACAUCUUAUGUUCAUAUUGUUUCUCUGCUUGGAUUUUGCUAUGAAGGGUCCAAAAGAGCAAUUAUAUAUGAAUUUGUGGAGAAUGGAUCACUUGAUAAGUUCAUAUCGAGCGAGGCCUCGCUGCGCGUUGACCUGAGAAAACUAUAUGAGAUUGCGCUUGGAGUUGCACGAGGCCUUCAGUACUUGCAUUAUGCUUGCAAGACAAGGAUUGUUCAUUUCGACAUAAAACCACAGAACAUACUAUUGGGAAAAGAUCUUUGUCCAAAGAUUUCUGAUUUCGGACUUGCCAGGCUCUGUGGGAGUAAGGAAAGUAUAUUGUGGAUUUCAGAGACGAGAGGGACCAUCGGGUACAUCGCACCGGAAGUGUUUUCAAGAAUGUAUGGGAGAGUCUCUCACAAGUCGGAUGUGUAUAGUUAUGGAAUGAUGGUUCUUGAGAUGGUUGGAGCAAGAAAAAGAAAUCAUGUAUCCAACAACAGCAGUUCAAUGUACUUCCCUGAUUGGAUCUACAAAGAUCUUGAAAAGAAAGAUUGUAAAAGGCUUCUCGGUGAUCAGAUAACUGAAGAAGACGAGGAUGAAGAGUUUACGAAGAAGAUGGUUCUUGUGGGGUUGUCAUGUAUUCAAGCAGGCCCAUCAGAUCGCCCGUUGAUGAACAGAGUUGUUGAGAUGAUGGAGGGAAGCCUAAGUUCUCUUGAAGCUCCUCCUAAGUAUCUUUUGCAUUUAUCUGCAUCCCCUAUGCCUCCAUCUUCUUGCCCUGAAGACGAGACUUCAGUCACCUCCGAAGAAAGUGCAUAA